CCUCGUAUGCUCUGCCACAUAUCGCCACCACCACAUCUAUAAUCCAAGUAGUGUGCGCCAAUGGAGCCAAGUAACCAUGAUAAGAAAGCUAACGAGCGUGUGCAAGACCUCACCGUGGUCCGGCGACCUGAGCUCCUCAGGGCGGCAAGCUCCGGUAAGUUGCAGCUGCUACAGGAAUUUCUCAGCAAAGAAGACGGAGGAUCAGCUGCGGCCGCUGCGUUGGCCCGCGAAGUCUCCAUUCGCUUGGAAGAGGCCCAGGCUCCUAUACUCUACCCAUCAGCCGCUGCCACCGAGGGAGCCUCUGCGCUCCAUGUGGUUGCGGCCAGUGGAGACAAGCAAGGGUACCUAGAGGUGGCGGAGGCCAUCUGCAAGAAGGCCAGCCAGUUGCUGUUCACCUGCGAUGGCAACGGAGACACGCCGCUGCACUGUGCCGUGCGGGCGGGGAACGCUCAAAUGACCUCCCUGCUUGUUGGGCAGGCUGACGGCUGCGACCAGAAAAAGACCAUGGUAAGGAUGCAGAACAAGCGCGGGGAGACGGCUCUGCACGAGGCCGUCCGCUUUGGCCACAAGACAGGCAUGCGUAUGGUCGAGGCGUUGAUGGCCGAGGACAAAGAGUUGGCCCGUGUGGUUGCAAGGGAUGGUACGUCGGCGUUGUACCUGGCAACCUCGCUGCAUCACAACGAUAUUGUUCGUCAGUUGAUAUUUCAGGACGAGCAGCUCGCGACCUCCGGCCCACUUGGACAGAAUGCCUUACAUCCUGCUGUUCUCCACAGCAAAAAGAUGACAAGAGCUCUACUUAAACUGAACAAGGACCUACUGGUCAGACAACAGGACCUCUCUGGAAGUACGCCAAUGCACUUCGCUGCAUCAGCAGAUGAUCCUUCCCUUGAAUUCUUCGUAUAUGUCUUCAUGGAGAGGACUCUCGAAUUUUACUCGUUGGGCAUGUACUUCGCACCGCAGAAUUGGCUUAUCAAAUUAUACAGGUGCUUGAACCUUCCUCUCUACCAACUGGUGGAUGCCGAUCCAUCUUCAGCGUUUCAGCCUGACAACGAUGGGCUGUUUCCGGUGCACGUCGCUGCCUCGGCAGGCAACCUGGUUGCUGUAAUCAUCUUGCUCAUCAUGUGCCCUGGUUGCGCUGGAUUGCGUGAUUCUCAGGGCAGGACCUUCCUUCAUACUGCUGUUGAGAAGAGGAGUCACAAUAUUGUGAAAUUUGUGCGCAUGAGACCACAGUUUAACUCAAUCCUGAAUAUACAGGACAACCAAGGGAACACUGCUCUGCAUCUAGCUAUCCUUGAAGGACAUUUGUGCAUAUUCCAGACUCUCAUCAUCAACCCACAUGUUCGCCUGAACUUGCCAAAUCAUGAAGGGAAAACCCCCAUGGAUCUUGCCGAGAGCAAAGCUCUACCAGGCUUUUAUUUCGGGAUGCAUGCACAGCGUAGGAUUCAUGGUACCCUGAGUUUUGUAAAUGCUCAGAAUGGUAACUGUCGCCGUGAUCGUUUCAAAGAAAAGCUUGUUCCAAAGCUAAACAAGGAUGAAGAGUCAAAAAAGAUAACGGAGUUCGCACAGAUUGUGGGCAUCUGCUCGGUGCUUGUCGCGACGGCCACAUUCGCGGCAGUCUUCACAAUGCCCGGCGGUUUCAGGACCGAGGACAGCGCGGGUGACACGAAGGCACCCACCGCUGCACCAAGCCCAGUUGGCCCCAUCGGGACACCGAUCUUGGCUGGGAAAUAUGCUUUCGACGGGUUCGUUCUCGCCAACACAUUGGCAUUCAGCUGCUCAACAAUAGCCACCUUCAGUCUCGUCUACUGCGGGAUGGCUGCAGUUGACGUAGAGAAACGGAUCAAGCUGGUGUCCAUCUCGUUGGCAUUGCUCAACGGCGCCGCCAGAAGCUUCUGCGCGGCCUUCGCAUUUGCGCUCUAUCUACUGCUUUCUCCCGUGGCCCUGGCGACCGCCAUCGCCACGGCCACGAUGACAGCUCUUGUGUUGCUCGACGCACUUCGCUUCCUGUGGCUGCUGUUCGUUGACACAGUUAUCGUCCUUAACAGAAGGGGAGGCCCGGCGCCACUGGUCAAGUUAACAACUGCAUUCAUAGUAAACAUGGUGUAUCUCUUCUGGCCUUACAUCAUAAUCUUCAGCCUGCUGGGAGGUCGUAAUAAGAGCCCCUUGAACUCAACUUGACUCAUCUGUUGGGGUAUAUGUGAUUCAGGACAGCAGUGAAUGAUGGAUCCGUGCAUACUGAGCCAAGAUUGUCCCGCAUUUAUUUUAUUGUUUUGAGAACACUUCUUUGUGAGCUACAUUUUAAGUCUUGAGUAUAUUUGUAUGUAUCGGUGGGUCGUGGGUGUGACUUGUAAGUCGCUCCUGUACUUGCAACGAUGUACCUCCUUA